AUGUCUGCUCGCGUCGGAGGGGAGGCCGAUUCGACGCCUCGUAGCCAAGACCCAGUGUCGCAAGAGGGCGCUAACGGGGUCAAUGACGAGAAAAAUGUUCAACAGGUCUCCGAUGAUCAUCCAACCCCUGAAGACAGAGCUCAUCCGCGUCCUGACGCCGAUAAUGAGAAGCCAGACGGUCCUCUUCCUCGUAGCAGCACAUUCAAGCAUAAAUUUAAGGAGCAAAAAGAGAAGAUCAAGACCAAAACUAAACCUCCCGGCGGCUUUGAUCCUACCCCGAUCCCUGAUGCCCCCCCGGGUUAUACCGUGAAAUUUACAUUUCACCGCGCUGAGAAUUUGCCUGCUGCCGACCUUGGUACAGGGUCGUCGGAUCCCUUUCUAACUGCCACCUUAACAACUUCACUGCCAAAAAGACAUAAAGAAGACCCAGACCUCGUCUACCGGACGCGCACGGUUAGGAAGACUCUUGAACCUCAAUGGGAACAGGAAUGGAUUGUAGCCAAUGUCCCAUCAUCCGGAUUCAAGUUGAAGUGCCGUUUAUACGACGAGGACUGGCCGGACCACAACGAUAGGCUAGGCAACGUAACCAUUCUAGUCAAUCGCGUUAAUGAGGAUUGGGAGGGCUUUGGACCAGAAGCCAAAGAAUUUGAGGUCAAGAAACGUAGCGGUAGCAAGCGUGCCUACAUUCUUAAGGCCUGCAUAACUGCAUUCGCUAAGGAUGUCUCAUUAACUCCGAGGCUAUAUGUAAGUGCUGUUGUUUUGGGCAAGUCGGAUCCGCCUUACGGCCAGAUGUACACCGUCGGUCCAACCUAUUACUUCAAGCAUUUCUCACCCAUGAUAGGCCGGAUGAUGGGCAUAAAAGUGAAUAAAGACGAGACUCACGACUCAAAUGACUAUGAUUCGAAUGCGGCAGCAUCCACAUCUCAGGACAAUGGCAAGCAGGCGGAAAGGAGGGCUCAGAAGUACGAUUUCCAGGCCAACGAAAUCCAGCUUGCCGGUCCGGUCCCGGAAAAACUAUACCAUAGAUAUGUCGAAUUCCGACCCAUCAUUGGCCUCUUGUUCAGGAGUAGGGGGCUACGCGGUAAGAUUUUGAACAAGGCUCUUCACCACCAGCACCACCGCAUAUACAAUUUCGAUAGGGGUACGCUUUUUGGUACUUUCGAGCCGUGUUCAGAGGAGGCCAGUCUCCAAUUCCUGAAGAUGGCACAUUACGACGAAGGUGGGCGGAUAUUCACGUAUGUCAUUACUCUAGAUGGAAUCAUGAGGUUCACGGAAACUGGAAAGGAAUUUAGUAUCGACCUUCUCAGUAAACACACCAUGCAUAGUGAUGCCGCCAUAUAUAUCGCUUGUUCCGGAGAGUUCUUUAUCCGUAGGCUGAAAAAGCCUAGGGUAACCGAGGAUCCUGAACCUGGCGAGUCUACUCAUCCUGAAGAGCCCAUACAGGGCGGACCACCCAAAGAGCCUCCACCGACUAAGCCCGAGUAUUACCAGUUGAUCAUUGACAACGAUAGCGGUACUUAUCGACCUGAUAAGUCGGUGCUACCAGAUCUGAAGAAGCUGUUAGAACGUAACUUUCCCGGCUUAGGUGUCGUGACACUAGCGUGCGAUGAUCCGGAAGACCAGAAAUUAAAGGCGGCCCAGGUCAAGGUGAAGAAGAGGGAAGGUCGCACGAUUAAUAUGGUGCUGAACCGUAGCCCUAGCGCGAGCUCGUUCAGUUCCGACGACAUCAGCGACCUUGAGGAUAUGGAACGAUCUGGAGAAAUAGGACGUAGGAGUAAAAAGGAAAGAGCGUGGGAUCUGCUUGAGGAGCCGAGGCGGAUCAAGGAGUUGGCAGGUAAAAAGCACGCAGACGCAGUGUCAAGUGGACCGAGCGGUAGUGGUGCGGCCACUUAA